GCAACUGGUGUCUCUCUGUCUGUGUAGCAUUUCACAUUGUGACAGAGAUUGUGCAUGAGAGAGAAGAAUGGAAAAAUCUAGGAAGAAAUUUAUUGAUGUGAUAGAUAAGGCAAUAGUUGCUGGUAAUGCAAUGGACCGUGAUGAACUACUUUUUUCUUACAAGGGAAUUCUCUACCCUGUUGCUUUUUGCAGUCUUGAAGUGUUCAGAGCCAUGGAGUCCUUUGAAGCCAGAAGUGAUGAUGUCAUUUUGGCAGGAUAUCCUAAAUCUGGUACAAACUGGGUAGGUCAGAUUUUAAGUGAUCUGGUGGCCACAUUUGAAAAAAAGAGACUUGAUGAAGAAAAAAGUGUUAAUGAUGAAGAGCUAGAAGAAUUUCCGUAUCUUGAAAUUGGAGAUACUGAGAAAUAUGAGCGAAUGAAGAAGUUACCUUCUCGAAGGGUUAUAUUGACUCAUCUUGCUCCUGGCAACCUUCCAAAGUCUAUCUUCAAAAAUAAAGCCAAGAUAUUGCUACUGAUUCGCAAUCCGAAAGACGUAGCUACAUCGUUUUUCCAUUUUUCCAAUGCCUUGUCAGCUCUACCUUCCUAUGAGACCUGGGACGAUUUCUUCGUAGCUUUCAUGGCAGAGAAAAUGCCCUGGGGAUCCUACUUCAAUUACCUUUCUGAAUGGAACAAAUAUGCUGCUGAUGAAAAUGUUAUGACAAUAACAUAUGAAGAACUAAAAGAGAAUCGAGCCCUGGGAGUGAAAAACAUUGCCUCUUUCCUUGGGAUUUCCCUGACUGGGGAAGAGCUUCGGAGUGUGGUAGAGAGAAGCAGUUUCCAGUCCAUGAAGGAGAACUCUCUGAAGACCCACGGGGCUCUGGGCAGCAUGCUCUUUCGCAAAGGUGGUGUAAGUGACUGGAAGAAUCUUUUCAAUGAAGAGCAGAAUGAGAAAAUGGACAAAGUAUUUGCAGAACGUAUAGCACGAAUGAAACUAGGAGCAAAAUUAAAGUAUGAAGUGUACUGCAAAGCCUGAAGAGUAAUGAAAUGUGGUUAGACCAAUAGCUUUUCACUGUGCUCUUUGAUCAUCUGAAUGAUAUACAAUAAAAAGCUAAAUGAAACAAUCAAAGCAUCUCAGAAUCAUUGUAAAAGUCACCUUGCAGGAACUUUUACAAUGACAACAAUGAAUAGCUGGCUUUUUAAAAUAAAUGUGAGAUCUUGCUUUGGCUACAUUCAUUUGCUGAGUAUGAUGGUAACUAACUAUAUUCAGAUCAACUUGACAGGCUUGUUUCAGUAGCUGCCACAUGGAAGGAAAUGGACUUUUUCGCUUUCCAGGCAAACUCAGUCAUUCUAGAUAAUUUACAUAGGGUUAUUUAGCAUGUGGAGAUCUCUUUUUUUUUUUUUUUUUCUUCUUUCUUUUUUUUUUUUCUUUUCUUCCAAAAAUGCUCAGAUCAGGUGACAAUCUUGCAAUCUUGCAAGAUCUCCACAAUUAAGAUCACUAUCUAAAUACAUGUCUGACAUAGCCUUAAUUAACGAUGAAGAAGAAUAUCUUCCCUGUGACUUCAGCACAAACUGGAUAAAAACUAGAGGGAAGAUAAUGAAAGGGAAUGGCAAUCAUCAUUUUUAAGGACUUUAAUCUGAGUCUAGAGUUUCAAGCUGAAAUUCAGAUUACAGAUUGGUAUUAACAGCCAAGAUGCAAUGAGAAGCAUUUUUAUGUAUAAUAAUUCUCUUUGUGGAACAGAACAAAAAUCUCAAAUUAAUUUUCAUUCUUAUAUCAUAUACAUUUUCUCUUGGUUCACUGGAAACAAUGUUUCUACCUGCAUAAAAGUUGGUAAAAAGAAAAUCACGGGGUCGAUGUUUUUUUCUUGUGUUUGAAGAUACUCCUUAAUCUAUAGACCUUUGUGCUUCUUCUAAGAACUGCUGUUGUUUUCCCUGCUACAGACAACAAUAAAGCAAAAGAGGUAGAGAAUAUA